CCAGAGCGCUUGGCCAAUGACCAUUCAAUUGCAAAGCGGAAGUGGUCCGCGUACGAUAUUUGCCUGCUGACAGGAGAACCAGCCAAAAAAAGAGCUAGUUAGCUAACGUUAGCUAAAGAGAAAGAGAAAUGGCGCCUCUAUGCCGUGCUCUCUGAGGCAGUGUAACGUUACAGACGGACAGACAGAUUAAGCAAAGGCAAAUAAACCGAAGAACCAUGGUGAAUACAAGAAAGAACUCCCGGCGUGAGCAGAACAGUCCCUUCAUCUCGUCAAGGACCCGAUCUUCCGCCAGGAAUACACCCAACUCUGAAGAACAUAAGGAUCCCGGUAGUGAUGCCAGCAGCUCUCGACUGUCCCCUCCCUCAAAGCGGACCCGUAGACUGACCAGCUCCAGCGACACCUCCCCCUCCCCCCAGGCGAAGGGCCAGCGGGUCUCCUGGGUCAUGCCCACCUACCGCACCAGGUUGUCCUCUGGUGCCCUGCAAAAUGGACAUGCUCAUAAAGAAGAAGGGACAGGAGACCACUCUCAUAUGAACGGCCAUGUUGGCCUGAAGAGGAGCUGCCGUGUGAGGAAGAGCCAGUUUGAACACCUCAAUCAGAGCCUGCUGUUUGACCAGCUGGUCAAUAGCACGGCGGAGGCGGUGCUCCAGGAGAUGGACAACAUCAGCAGCAUCAGACAAAACCGGGAGGUGGAGAGGCUUCGCAUGUGGACCAACACCGAGGUGGAAAACAUGGACAUGUAUUCGCGUGUGAAGAGGAGGAAGUCAAUGCGCAGGAAUACCUUUGGCAUGCAGAUGCACCAUAAAGCAAUGAGCAAGAAAGAGGAAGAGGAGGAUGAAGAGGGGACUGAGGAAUCUCAUGGGGAGGAAGAGGAUGAUGAAGCGGAGGAUGAUGAGGAUGAGGAUGAUGAAAGAGAUGAGGCCGAAGAGGCUGGAGAGGAUAACGACAGACGUUACAACCUGAGACAGCGCAAGACAGUACAAAGAUAUGAGGCGCCACCUAUUGAGCCUGUCAACAGGAAGCAGUCCAACCCCACUCUGUUUGACACACACAUAUCCCCAGCAAGGAGAAGUCAUAUACGAGUGAAGAAGCAUGCCAUCCACAGCAGUGACACCACCUCCUCGUCUGAUGAGGAGAGAUUCGAAAGGAGGAAAAGCAAAAGCAUGACCCGGGCCAGGAACAGGUGUCUACCGAUGAACCUGCGUGCGGAGGACCUGUCCAGCGGGGUGCUGAGGGACCGGGCCAAGGUGGGUGCCAGCCUGGCCGACGUGGACCCCAUGACCCUGGACUCGUCGGUGAAGUUCGACAGCGUGGGGGGGCUUUCCAAUCACAUCCAGUCCCUGAAGGAGAUGGUGGUCUUCCCGCUGCUCUACCCGGAGGUCUUCGAGAGGUUCAAGAUCCAGCCACCCAGAGGGUGUCUUUUCUACGGGCCGCCGGGUACGGGGAAGACCCUGGUAGCGCGGGCGUUGGCCAACGAGUGCAGUCAAGGAGACAAGAAGGUGUCUUUCUUCAUGAGGAAGGGCGCAGACUGCCUCAGCAAGUGGGUCGGCGAAUCGGAACGACAGCUACGGCUCCUCUUUGACCAGGCAUACCUGAUGAGGCCCUCCAUCAUCUUCUUUGAUGAAAUCGACGGGCUGGCCCCGGUGCGAUCCAGCAGACAGGACCAGAUCCACAGCUCUAUAGUGUCCACUCUGCUGGCAUUGAUGGACGGGCUGGACAGCCGAGGGGAGAUCGUGGUCAUUGGUGCUACUAACCGGCUGGACUCCAUAGACCCGGCGCUACGGAGGCCUGGCCGCUUUGACCGGGAGUUCCUCUUCAACCUGCCUGACAAGAAGGCCCGAAGGCAAAUCCUUGAGAUCCACACUCGUGACUGGAACCCCAGGCUGGCUGAACAGUUUGUGGAUGAGCUGGCGGAGAAAUGUGUCGGUUAUUGUGGCGCGGACAUCAAAGCACUUUGCACAGAGGCGGCCCUGAUGGCUUUGCGACGCCGCUACCCACAGAUCUACGGCAGCAGUGUGAAACUACAGCUGGACGUCAGCACCAUCGUGCUGGGGCCUUGUGACUUCAGCCGCGCCCUACGGAACAUCGUCCCAGCCUCCCAGAGAGCCCUGGCACCACCAGGCCGGGCCCUGCCCCCCAACAUACGCCCCCUGCUGGCCCACACGCUGGCCACGGUUCUGGAGGUUCUGUUCCGAGUCUUCCCCCAUGCAGAAACGCAGAAUAAGGAGAGUAGAGGAGACGAUGACAAUCAUCUGGAGGAGGAGUUCAGUGAAGAGGAGGCUGACGGGGCCACGGCCUCCAUAUACCAGCACCCGCCGGGCUCCCCGAAGACGCACGUGGACCCCUCCUCUACGGAGCGCACGCCCUUCCUUCACUUCACCAUGUCAGCCCUUCACCAGCCCACCUCGUACCGGCCUCGCCUGCUGCUGGCAGGCCCCUCCGGAUCGGGGCAGAGUUCACACCUGGCCCCGGCUGUGCUGCACCACCUAGACAAGCUAUCAGUUCACCUCCUGGACCUGCCCACGCUCUACUCCGUCAGUGCCAAGACGCCCGAGGAGUCCUGCGCUCAGGUGUUCCGCGAGGCUCGUCGGAGCGUGCCCAGCGUGGUGUUCAUGCCCCACAUCUGCGACUGGUGGGACUCGGUCAGCGACACGGUGAAGAACACCUUCCUCUCCCUGCUCCAGGACGUGCCCUCUUUCACCCCCCUCCUCAUCCUCGCCACCACGGAGACCUGCUACCCAGAGCUCCCCCAGGAGGUGAAGUCGAUGUUCCAGAGCGCCUAUGGCGAGGUGGUCAGUCUGUCUCCGCCCCAGGAGGAGGACAGGAGGAGGUUCUUCUCUAACCUGCUCCUGGUACAAGCUGCUAGGGCCCCACCCCAAAGGAGAACCACAGCUCUGCGGUGUGAGGAGGUGCUACCGGUGGCACAGGCCCCGGGACCGCGACUCCUAUCUCCCGAGGAGCAGCGGCGUCUCGCCGACCAGGAGGAGAACACGUUGAGAGAGCUGCGCCUGUUCCUCCGGGACAUCACCAAGCGCCUCGCCGUGGACAAACGCUUCAGCAUCUUCAGCAAACCUGUGGACAUUGAGGAGGUGUCUGACUACCUGGAGGUGAUUCGUCAGCCUAUGGAUCUCUCUACAGUCAUGACCAAGAUCGACACCCAGAAAUACCUGACUGCCAAGGACUUCCUGGUUGACAUAGACCUCAUCUGCAGCAACGCCCUGGAGUACAACCCCGACAAGGACCCUUCAGAUAAGAUUAUCCGCCACAGAGCAUGCAGCCUGAAAGACACGGCCCACGCCAUGGUAGCGUCCGAACUGGACCCUGAGUUCGACCGUAUGUGCGAGGACAUCAAGGAGUCGCGCAGGAAGAGGGACCUCCAGACUCCGGCCUUGCCGCCUGUCUCCCUGGCUGCCGUGGUAACCCCUAGGAGGCCGGCUGGAGAGGAGAACACCGGGGGCGGCUCUCAGGGAGAGGCUGUGGAGAAGCAGCACUGCAGCAGUAAUCACAUCAAGAGGAAAGUGCGGCGGCGGCCAUCUUGGGGGCGGGGCAUCAUCCGAAAGAAGAAGAGCUACAAGAAGGGCGCGGAGGAGGAGUACGAGGACGAAGGAGCCGAGCCUGAGCCGGAAACGGCGGGCCCCAGCGACUCCUGCCUGACCCACGACGAAGAGUCAUCUUGUGAUACCAUGGGGCCUCGGCCCAACGGACACCACGCACACCCUCUGACCCACCCCGCCACGCACGGCAUCUCUACGGAGGAGGAGAGCUCCAACGGGUCCCCUGACACCACUGAGGGCCAAAACCCAGAGACCCAGGCGGAGAGCGAGGCUGGUACCGGCGCUACGGCGGAAGUCACAUCCGCUACGGACGACAAGCCCAAAUCAACAACCACAGAUAUACAGUCUGAAAGUGAGUCCUCCCCAUCUAAACAGGAUGAGUCUCACUGUAAAGACAAGGGGCCUCCAACCCAGGACAUGGAUGCCAAUCCUAUAGGUGAGGUCCAACCUAAACAUGAAAGUUCCCAAGCAGGCGAAGAACCCCAAAACCAGCCUGACAUUCCCAUGCAUGAGCAGGGAGGUUCCAAGCCUGUAGAUCUGAACGAGGCCCGGCCUUCAGGCGAAGUCCAUGUCGGUGCAGAGCUGCGGUCGUCUGGCUCCACAGUGCCCCCUGUCCCUCAGGAGAAGUUCCUGAAUGGGGACGAGUCCAUGGACAGCCUUGAUUCCCAAGCCCUCAAGAGUUCAGAGGCAGAGGAGGGACCUACAGAGGUCGGAGGUGAAGGGUCCGACGGGAAACAGGAAGUGGCAGAAGAGAGGACUGGUGACACAGAGAUGGGAAAGGAGGAGCACGACUUGGAAGCCGGUUCCAAGGAGAGGAAGAGCCAAUCGGAGUCGUCAACGGUAUUAUGUGACCGGACAGAGGAGGAGCCUCUACAGAUCCCCCCACCCCCCCCACUGGUGGUUGAUCACCAGCGACUCACGGUCCUCCUGGAGACAGUAAUACGAAGCAGCGAAGGCUACAGCGUGGAGCGCCUGGAGAGACUAUACUCUCUGCUCAGUCAGUGCAUCUACCAACACCGCCAGGACUACGACAAGACGCGGCUACUGGAGGAGAUGGAAAGGAAAGUCCAGAAUUUCAUUACAUUCCUGUGAGGUCCCAGCAAAAGAGGUCAGGUUGAACCUGAUUAGACUUUGGACACAAACACACACACACACACACACGUGCACACACAACGAGGGACAAAGACCAGCUUUUGAGCCAAGUCCUUAUACACAGAACCAAUGCAGAACCCUGGUCUUAACGUGAACAACAGAACAAGGAAAAAGACAACGGAUAGGAAGAGGAGCCACUUUUUAUGGUGCUAUUAGUCUCAGGGAACCUGGUCGGACCCCAGACCCAGUCUACAACCAAACAGACUCCUGAACACGUGAGCGGUUAAACAGGAGUUUCUGGUGCUAUUCAGGUGCUAUCCUAAUCCAUGCUGCUCUUGGGAGUAACUCGGAAUCCAACCAACCAAGAAGAAAAAAAUGCGGUGAUGUCAUAUCUAGACAACAGCCUACUUUUGAACUGGCUACACACACUUAAAACUACAUGGGUGCUUACACACAUGCAAAUACAUCAGUCAUAUGCAUGUGUUCACACACACACACACACACAGUAAUCCCAUGCAGAUUGCCACCAGCAGUGUGAGUGUUUCCCAAUCAGCCUGAAGGUUGAUCCAGUCUCCUGUCUUGUUCGCUAUGGCAGAGUCCAUUUCAUCUCUCAGUACCGAGUCACCAUCGGCCUUCUCAUGAACACAACCGCCUGCAGAUCCUCCUCACAGCCACUCAAACAGCCCUGGUUUGAUUAGCAUCUGAAUCGGAAAUGUGUCGCUUGCGAUUGUUACGGCUCUAACGGGAACCCCGUUGUCUUGUGUUGGAGACGCCGUCGAUUCCGCCCGCCAAGGCUCGGGGAGACGCUGGCACUGUACGCGACGAUGACAUCAGCUUCGAGACAACGGUUGCUGCGAUUCUCACCCAGAACACUACUGUCCGAUGUACGUUAACUAUUUCUUAACGUGAUCCUGAAGUAGGUUCAUGUUUCAGCUGCAGGGCUAGAAUCAAAUGCUGUACACGAGAUUGAGAUACGACUCCAGCGCGAAUCCAUUGCCAGCAGGCAAACCGAUUACAUAAACAACAAAAUAUCCCCUUUAAGAAAAAAGUGUUACCAAAACGCAUCAAAUGGAGCUGAGGAAGCAAUUGCUCCAAGUUGGCUGUGAAUAUGAAACAUUCAUAGAUGCGUUCUAGUAAUUUUUUGUAUGUGUGUGUUUUUUUCGCAGUUACAACGAACAGAUUGACGUCUGCUGUGUGUGGCAGCGAGUCUAAAUCUGUGGCAUGCUGUGUUUUUUUUUUGUUUUUUUUCUCACACACUGCGUCCCACUAGAUUAUUUUCGACAAUCCAUCCAAAUCUAAACGAAAUAACUGGAAGCAUUUCAAAUUCAAUUGGACACAUCUUGUAGUUUGCACUACCUGGCAUGUGCCUUAUUUAACCCCAAAUGAAUCACUUUCUGGAAGAACAGCCGUUAGUGUAACCAACUGCUUUUAUUUCAUGUAAUACAAAGGGUUUGACAUACUACCCCACUCACAAUCCUAACUUGAACCUUGAAACAACGUAUGACUGGGGGUCAAUAGUAAUAGGUUACUUUUCCAGUACCAAACGCUGCAAAGGUCUCCGUAGGAAGAACUGUUGUAAUUUUUUCCCCUGCCCACUAAAGAUAAGUUAAUAAUAUUCAUUUUAUGUGGACCGAUGUCACAGUAGUUAAAAAUUUAUGUGCCAAUUUCCCCCACCCAAAAAUGUCAGCUAAUUAGGUGAUGAGAUUCAAUGGGGCUGUUUUCAGUCAACACUGAGUUGACAUUCACAGGAAACUAAAUAGCUACCUUAUUAAGAUGAACAUAAAAUAACUUAGUUAUGUGGAUUAUGUUUGGCAUUUGUUUGAGAUAUAUAUAUUUUUUUUAAACGUUUGUUUUCCGAAAUAUUUUUCCUGUUUGUUAAAAACAAUGUUUGGAUGAACAUUUGCAUUGAUUGGGGAGCUUCUGUUGAUGGACACUGCAAGGCCAUUCUAUUUUGGGUCUGGUUGCUGGGGUUAAAAAAGCGCAUUGUUGUUCAAAUUUGUUGGAUACUUUUUUUUCAAUAUUUCUUUUUUUUGAUGGCUUAUGUCUGAAAGUGAACCGGGUUUAAACAGCUAUGACUAGAUCAAUGUUCACCUUGUGGAUAAGAUGUAUGCAGUUUUGCUUGUCAGCUUCCUUUUUCUUGCCUUUCCAUUAACACAGAUGAGUCCAUGUUUUGACUAGAUUGUGGCUGGGGUCGUUAACAUCAAUCUAGGGUUUUUCAAAUCAACAACUGCUCGGCGGGCAGGCUUUUAUUCCAACCUCAACGCCAUUUUUGUUUUUAAUAAUCAACAACAAAUGUCUUCAGUGUGGAAACUAUUUGGGCUGGAAUAAAUCCUGCUCACCUAGCUCUCCUGUACUGAAAACCUGCUUCAUUCUGAUCCAAACUCCAACCUCCGGUGCUGUCCACCCCAAUUCCAUUCUGCCUUCUCUCGGAACGCAGGGUGAAGAUUUAAUAAAAAGUAUCAUUAAGAGCAUAUGCAAACUAGCAUUGAGGCUUAAGCAUUGGACUACUGCAGAGAUAGAGUAACACAGCUACCUCAGCUUAAUUUAUUUGAAUGCCAAUAAGACAAACUGUUUACUGGGUGCAGACAGCUUUUUGCCAUGUUUGAAACUUGUCACAGUGAGGUACUGGAUCACCAGCACAAAGUUAUGUGGCUACCACGCUAACCCAACAUGUUUUUUGGGGGUUGGCUCUCACCUUUUCUGUUUUUCUCGUUUGUCUAUCCCAUUUGAGCCAAGCUGCAGCAUACAGCAUUUAAUUUCAAGGAAAUGUCUAACGGUGCAUUUCUGUCCCACAGACAUUGCUUCAGACAUUUCAUAGCUAUCGCUAGUCUUCUGUCCAUAGCCACCAUCUUUCUUCUGAACUUGUUUGCAGAUUUUCAUCUCUUUUCCUUUGUUCUAGUUUCUUUUUUAUUUAUUAACAGCAUUAUUAGACACGUUUUUCUUUCCCCACCUAAUAUCCAUUAAAACAGUUUUUGUACAUUUUUGAAUUUGUAGAUUUUUUUUUUUUCAAGUUGUUACUCAGUUUUUUUGAGCUUAGUGCUGAGGUGAGGUAGCGCUUGUGUAGCAGGUUUUAGCGUGUUUCGGGGAAUAAAGAGUUUACAGUUGUCUCAGGUUUCUUCACAUUACCGAUCAACUUUAAUAUUCCAUUGUGUUGAUUUCGUUCUAUUGUGUUUUUUUUCUGUUACAUACUGGAUAAACGUUGACUUAUUGGAAUUUUAAUGUCAGAAAAUUCAGUAGCUUAUUGUGUAGUUCUUAUUUGCGUUGCUCACUAUCAAUUCGGCAACCAUCUUAUUACUUUUUUGGAAGGAAAGUAAUAUCAAAUUUUGUGAGCAAUUGUUUGGGGGCAGGGUAUUUUUUCUUUGCCAAAUAUUUUAAAAAGAAUUCGGGAAUAAAGAUUUGGGUUUUGAAAUGUCAUACAUUUUUGUCAGCCUCUCGCUUAUUAUUCUUGUUUAUAUAUUUGAGUCAGUUUGGACAAACAACCAAUUUUUGUCUGGUAGUUAAAGAUGAUUUAGUCCAGUAUGCAGGCUGAGCGCAAUUUUCCAGCACAACAUUUUGUUUUCACAAAUUACUUAAAUACUGAAUUUUCCUCUUUCAAAUGGGAUUCAUUUAGUAGGUUUUGUUUCUCGUAGCAUUGCCAUUUAAUGAUUUCUCAUUUUGAGGUUAUGGUGCAUUGAAUAUCCUCUACCCCGUUCGAGUGUUACUUUAGUGUAAGUUAUUUGAAAUGAAACAUUUACUGUAUUUCUAAAAAACUGCUGUGAUAUACUUGAAUAAAGGUGAAAAUUGUA